ACUAUUUCUACAACCUCCCUGUCUAAUUUCUGGUAUAUUAACCGAUUGAAGUUGUAAAUUCUCAAUAUAAAUUAACAUAGGAAGGAAUAUUUUGAGUAAAAUGCUUGCAGAAUUUUCCAGCUAGGCUUAUCCGAUCCCAGGAGGGCAUGGUGUGCGCAUCCCGACUCAUUUGUUAGGGUUCUUUUCCUCCUAAAAUCCAGCUACCUCAUGGGCCUAGUUCUAACUACAAACAGACCGUCACACUGAUCUUUUAAGAUGGAAAACGGUUUAUUGUCCUUUCCAGUCGUCUUGGAUUCGACGUUUUUCAAAAACGAAGCCGGCUUCGUCACCCUGGAAAGGGCGGAAGACUUUCAAGAACUCGUCCUGACUGAUUCAGACCAACUUCAUCUUAAGACUUUAGCAGAUACUAUAGUACCUGAUUAUGAAUCAUCACCUGCAACAGUGCAAAAUGAAAUUUUAGAAACUGUAGAAAAUAAUGAUCCCAUAGGAAAUAGUUGUAACAAUGAGUCGAAUGUCUUUUCUGACUUUGUCGAGACCCAGUUUCAAGUUUUUGUGACAUACAAAUGUCGACUUUGCCCUUUUAAAACAUCUGUGAGGAAAAAUGUCUCGAAACACUUGGAAAAGUGUCACUUUGCAAAUGAUAGAAGAGAGGAGGAAAAGAAGCCCAAAGCUGAAGAACAGCACGUCGAAAGGUUGGCUUACAUGUGUGGAAAUUGCUCUGAAGCGUUUUCUACUUAUAGCAGAUGCAGAGUCCAUAUGGCUUCGGUGCAUAAAAUAAUGAUGGGUUCAAGUGUAGCAUUGGAAGGGGGUGAUUUGCAAGAUGGAAUAGAUUACAUAUCAAGGGAAGGGAAUAACGGUAAUGUUAACAUUAUUAGUAAAAAGGGUAGCAAAGUAGCAAAUUCUGAACCGCAGAUUAAAUAUCGGUGUCCUGUGGUCGGUUGCCUUGUGAAGUUUACCUCGAAGGAAAACGUUGAAAAACACAAGAGCUGUCACAACAUGGAGAUGCCGAGGACGUUCGUUUGCCCAGAAUGUAGCGAGACUUUCAAACAAUGGCCGCUCUGCCUCAACCACCUCUGGAAAGUCCAUCAACUGGAUGUGGGGAUGUUUUCGUGCGAAUCGUGCGAUUACAAAAGCGCUUUUAGAAAGAAACUUCACCAGCAUGAGAAAAUACAUAAAGACGGGAAAGAUUUUGUCUGCAGUGUAUGCCUCAUGACUUUCAAACAGAAGAACCAAUUGAGGAACCAUCAGGCCUAUCAUCUCAAAGGAAGUUCAAGCGAUCUCGCUCCAAAUUGGGUGAAAAAACGAGAAUGCGAUCAAUGCAAAAAGAUGUUUUCCGAUGCGAAAGCAUUAAAGAAGCAUGUCCAAGCUGUCCAUUCUAAACUAAGACCAUACAUAUGCCAAGUCUGCGGUCAUUGUUCAGCAACAAAAGAUAUGCUUAGAAUGCAUUUGAGGCAGCAUAGCGGAGAAAAACCUCAUACUUGCAACGUGUGCUCAUUUUCUACAGGUGACCAUAACACCCUUAGGCGGCACAUGUUGAGACACAUGGGUUUAAAACCGUACCAAUGCCCACACUGCUCUUUCUCGGCCAUACAGAGCUCGAGUUUGAAAACUCAUCUUUCAAAACAGCAUCCAGCCCAGCCAGGGAUAUUCUACUGUACGAAAUGUCCUUUUUCGACAAUAUCCGCGAAAAAUUUUCAAUACCACACACACGAAAACGAUAAGCCAGAAGAUGAAAACAACAAAGACUACAUGGCUCAGUCGAUUUUAUUUCAGUCCAAAGACAUAGAUCCAUCCGUAAAUGAUGGCCAAGGGGAUUUGAUUGCAAUAAAUUUCUCCAGCAUCUUAACAACAGAGGACGAAGAAUCAAAUAUUUUUGAGAACGAUACAAUCGAUUUUGGAGGCAUAACUAUACCAGCGGAGCCGAAUCUUGUCAGCCUGUACAUACCCGAGGUGGCCAAUAACGAAAUGUCAAUUAUAAAUGACAGCCUCAGCUAGAAGUAAAAAAAAGUCAGAAAAUUUGUAAGAUGUCGAACAAAAAUAGAAAAAAAAGGCUUUUUUGUCGUUUCAACCUUUUAUCCGAGGUUAAUAGCGUCUUCCUAUAUUAUCAGAAGACUGCACUGUUGCAUUUCUAGUACUAAAUUAUUUAUAUUGAUGUUGACUGUGACAUGUACAAUGUAUUCUCGUUUUUAAGUCCAUCCUUUUCUUUAAGGAAUAUUUGUAGUAUUAUCUCUGCCAAGUUGAUAAACUAAAAAGAGUAACACGAGGUACAAAACCUAUUUUAUUUGUUGUAAUUGAAUAAAAUUAUUUGGGAACUUUUA